AUGUAUCCCACUGAGAGGUGCUACGAGAAUUUUGGAACUUGGUUCCAGUAUGCUACUGGUGUGUUUGGCGAGCGGGAUUUGCGGCGAGGAGUGAAAAUUUUGCGUCUUUUGAUGGGUCCGUUAACCCCUGAGGAUGCUCUGGACCUGGUCAGUGAGUGGAUAGCGCUUUUUGGGCCUGCUGUCCUGAGGUGUCGGCGGCUGCCGCUUUCUUUUACCUCUUAAUGUUGAAGGAUCCCAAUAGUGAGGAGGAACAUAUUGCUCCCAACCUUUCCGAUUUGGAAAGGUUACGGGAAGCGCUUGUUGAAUUUAUUUUCAACAAGGGUUUCGUUUGCUAUUUUUAA